CAGUCUGCUAUCGUAUAAAUAUAAAUAUGUCUGGUAAACAGUUCAGUGACUGCCGAAAAAGAAAAGUGAGGAUGAUGUCGCUUCUGUUUCUCCUCGUUGCUGUUGCUGUUUCUACUGUGGUGGCUCAACCUUGCGUUGCCCCGAUAGGUGUUCGGAAUCUGGCCAAGUAUGGCAAAGUUAGCCAGAGUUCAUCAUACAGUGCUAAUUCCCAUCCUCAGCUCGCCAUUGAUGGGAAUAACGAUAGCAUAUACAGCCAAGGCUCCUGCACACACACAAAGAAGGAUGAUAAGCCCUGGUGGAGGCUGGAGAUGGACAGAAGCGAGCGCAUAGGAGUUAUUGCCAUUACAAAUCGAAAGGACUGCUGUCAAGAACGACUAAAGGGGGUCCUCGUUACAGUCGGUGACUCACCAGAUCAUAAUAAUCCAGUUUGUGCAGAGAUCACUGAUGUCACUCCAAACAAGAUCACAGUGUGCUGUAACGGGAUGCCAGGUCGGUUCGUCACAAUUAUUAAUCCCCGUCCGGAUUACAUGACACUUUGUGAAGUUGAAGUAUUUCGCAAUAUAGAGCAAGAAUCCCUCCAACUCGAAGAAGAAGAAAUAAAGCCAGAGUCUUAUGAAUAAAAGACAAACAGCAAGAAAUAAAUGCACCAAAAUGGGUGCCA